AUGCGACUCACCCAGCCUCCAGCAGCCCUAGUGCUGCUGGCCGUCCGCGCGGCCGCACGGUCGAUCCUGGACAAGUCGUCGUCGCUUACCCUCCUGUUCCAGAACAAUCUGGAUCCCCUGGACGACGGGAACCAUGUUGGCGCCCUCCUUCUCGACCCCAUGCCCUACAGCGCGGGCGUCGCCGCCUGCGCCAGCCUCCACGAGACGCUGGUUACCCCCGACGUUAUCGGCAAGCACCCCCAGGACUUCGCAGACUCCCUCCGGUACCUCCAAUUCUCCGGCCAUGUUCGCCCCAACUCGCGCUUCUUCGUCGCCAACGCCACCCUCAGCGUCCCCGUGGAGGCCGGCAGCAAGCCACGGCUCGAGCCCAUCAAGGCUGCCGAUGGGGCUCUGAACGUCCUCUGCACCCAGUCCGAGCGGGCGGCCAGCGCAGACGUCUCUUCGCCCUCUGCGUCCAACGCGGUGAGCGUCACAUCGGCCGCUGGGAACACGUACCUUGGCUACCGGAACCUGAAGUCGUUCCGCUUCCUGGGCAUCCCGUACGCCAACCCCGUCUCGAGGUUCGAGUACUCGACCGUGUACAGCAAGAAGGGACAAACCAUCAACGCCCAGGGCUACGGCGCCAACUGCGCCCAGGCGUACGAUGACACGAGCAAGGAGGACUGCCUGUUUCUCAACAUCCAGACCCCUUACCUCCCCGGCACAGCCCAGCCGAGAAGGAGGAGCUUGAAGCCCGUGCUUCUCACCAUCCACGGCGGCGCCUUCACCGGCGGCAACGGCGGGAGCGGGUUCGACGGCGGGAACCUAGUCUCCCGAGAGGACAUCGUCGCCGUGAGCAUCAACUACCGGCUCACCACCCUCGGCUUCCUGGCCAUUCCCGGGACCGACAUCAAGGGCAACUUUGGCAUCGGCGACCAGGUCACGGCCCUGCGCUGGGUCCGCCAGAACAUUGCUCUGUUCGGCGGCGACCCGGCCCGCAUCACCGUGAUUGGCGAGUCGGCCGGCGCGGGGUCCGUCAAGGCCCUGAUCGGCUCCCCUCCCGUCAUCCGGGAGAAGCUCGUGGCCGGGGCCAUCGCGCAGUCGAACCUGGGGGGCGGCGAGGGCAUGGGCCCCAGCGCGUCGUACAGCACCACGUACAGCAAGUACUACACGAUCGAGCAGUCGUACGCCGUGGCGGGCCAGCAGAUCUUCCGCGGCGCCGGGUGCAACCAGACGCAGCUCGACGAGCAGAUCCGCUGCCUCAAGGCGGUCCCCGCCAAGACGCUCGCCAACCUGCCCGACGUGGCGCGCUACGUCGUCCAGGACGGCCAUUUCAUCAACGCCAGGCAGCUCAACGUCGCAGCCCGCGACGGCAGCACCGCCCACGUCCCCGUCAUCUUCGGCACGACGGCCCACGACGGCGCGUCGUUCUUCCCAUACCCGCAGGGCGGCAACUUCACCUCCGAGGCCGACUUCAUCGCCGCCGCGCUGGGCGUGGACGCGGCCUCGGCGCGCGCCAUCCUCGACAGCCAGCUCUUCCCGCUGUACUCGACGGGGAACCUGUCGCUGGACGCGUUCAACGUCAGCCAGCGGGUCAUGACCGACGUCGGGUUCCGCUGCAUCGACGAGGCCAUCGUGUACGGCGGCGCGCGGUCGGGCGUCUUCCCGGCGGCCUACUACUACACCUUCGACCGGACCAACGGCGGGUACGACCCCAACGGGCUCGGCGCGACGGGGCUCUCGGCCGGGCCCGUCACCCCCGGAUACCCGCUCGGCAACCCCAACCUGCCCUACUUCCGCCUGCACGGCGCCGAGAUCGGCUUCACCUACGGCAACGUGCUCCCGCGCGAUCCCGCCGAUACCAAGGCCACCCAGCUCAUCACCGGCUUCUUUGCCAGCUUCGCCAAGACGGGCGACCCCAACCCGCCCGAGGCGUACCUGCGCGCGCGCGGCUAUUCCGAGGCCCUCGCAAACCACCGAGAGAGCGGCCCGUGGCGCCCCGUGUCGAGCGAGGCCGGCCCCGGCAAGUCGCUGGACUACCCGGCGCGGACCAUCUCGCUGCCGGACCGGGCGCAGUGCGCGUGGCUGAAGUAUCCAAUCACAUAUUAUUUGGACCAACGAAAGAGUUAG